GUUGGCUAAUAACAAAUCAAGAGAGGACAACAGGACAUAUGCUUAGGCAUGCACCAUGUCGUGUGCCUGAGGUUAUCCUAACGUGGACAGGGGCUAAUUAAGCUAAACAAUAAGCUGAAGACAAGGCAUACACACACAUUCUAUAAUUGAUAAACUUUUUGUCUAACAUCACUACUUGGAGGCCUAGGCUGAUGCUGAUCAUUUAUUCCUUUAUAUUUGUCCCAUGUAUAAAUACGAAUCAUCUAAAACCAUCUCCCUCCGUGUCUCUUCUUCUUUCUGAUUUUGAAUAUGAACCACCAAACAUUUUCCCCUUCUUGUGAAUUGACAUGCUACUGAAAACCCUUUUGAAUUCUCUUUAAGUUCUUGGUUUCAUAGUAAAGGAAAGAAAGUGGCAUUUGGGUAAAGAUGGUUAAGAUAAGGAGCUACAAUGGGCAAGUCGAUAGAUUUGGAGUAGAAGAUCUUGAAAGAAGAUGUGAAGUAGGACCAGCUGAGAAUGUGUUUCUUUACACGGAUACCAUGGGUGACCCCAUUUGUAGAAUCCGUAAUAGUCCCGUGUACAACAUGCUGGUGGCCGAGUUGAAUAAUGAAAUCGUUGGUGUUAUUCAAGGCACUAUAAAGGUGGUAACCCUCCACAAACCACCAAAAAAUGCAGCAAAAGUAGGAUAUAUGUUGGGACUGAGGGUUUCUCCGCUUCAUCGUAGAAAAAGGAUUGGUUCGAAACUAGUACGCCAUAUGGAAGAAUGGUUCAUCUCCCAUCAGGUUGAUUACGCUUACAUGGCAACUGAGAAAGACAAUGAAGCCUCUGUCAAACUUUUCGUCAACAAGUUUGGCUAUGUCAAAUUCAGAAAUCCAACCAUUCUCAUCCACCCGGCAGCUAGUAACCCGAGAUCAUUCCGUUCACCGCCAGGUAUAGAGAUAAUGAAACUCAAGGUGGAACAAGCUGAAUUCUUGUAUCGAAAAGUGAUGAGUUCAAUGGAUUUCUUCUCGCACGAUAUAGACAAUAUUCUUACAAAUAAGCUGAGCUUAGGAACGUGGGCGGCCUAUUGGCGAGGUGAGCCAUCUGCUGGGGAAUUUGGAAGAGAUGGAAAGGUUCCAAAUAGUUGGGCCAUGAUGAGUGUUUGGGAUAGUGGGGAAAUAUUCAAGCUGAGGGUAGGGCAAGCAACAUUAAAUUGUUUCCUCUAUGCAAAAAUGUCAAGACUAAUGAGAAAGGGAUUCUCAUGCUUCAAAGCUCCUUCAAUGCCGGAAUUCUUUGAACCUUUUGGUCUUUUCUUCAUAUAUGGAAUUUUCAGGGAGGGACCAUCAUCAAGGAAGUUGGUACGAACACUUUGUAAAUUUGUGCACAACUUGGCCACGGCGUCUAAGGAUAAUUACAGCAGCAGCUGCAAUAAGGUGGUUGUCACAGAGAUUGGAUGUUGUGACAAGCUAAAACUAGACAUCCCACAUUGGAAGUUACUAUCAUGUCCGGAGGAUUUGUGGUGCAUAAAAGCCUUAAACAAUAAUGAAGAUAUAGAAGCCUUCCUUGAAUUUACAAAAACCCCACAAAAUAGAGGCCUUUUUGUAGACCCCAGAGAGGUAUGAUAUAUGAACAAAAACCAACCACCCAAAAAUAUUGUACUAUCAAUUAAUUUUCCUGACUUUGCAUGCCCUGAUUUUAGCAAUAAGCAAAAAAAAAAAAAAAAAAAAA